UGCAUUUCCAUCCGAUGACAACUAGCAAGUCCAAUUUUGUAUGAUGAUGCACUACAAACCGUCAGAUUGGAACUUGUAAGAAUGAAGAGUUUUCAGGAUUGGCCACAUCUCUGAUCUUCACGAUUUUACCGGUUACUCACGGUCACAACUAGAAGUAGUUCUCUAUCUACGUUAAUCUUGCUCAAUUCCCUGCGGAGAUCUGCUCAGAGAAGGAAAAAUAACUCAAACAAGAUCUCUUGUGCUUCUCAUAUUCUCUGUUCUCCGCUCAUUUUUAUUGGGACGUUGGAAUUUAAGUUACAGGAUGGCGACGGAGCUCGGAUCAGCUGCCGAGAAGCUUUCACAGCUAGACAUCAAUGGCGACUGGGUUGCUUCGGCUCCUAAUCUGCAGAAGAAUCUCCCCAUUCUUUCGUCAGACCAGAUUGAACUUGCGAAGAUGCUAUUGGAGAUGGGGCAGAGUCAUUUAUUCGAGCAUUGGCCAGAGCCAGGGGUUGAUGACGGAGAGAAAAAGAGUUUCUUCGAUCAGGUUGCUCGGCUUAAUGCAAGCUAUCCCCGUGGUUUGGCAUCAUAUAUCAAGAAUGCCAGAAAACUUUUAGCUGAUUCAAGAGCAGGAAAAAAUCCAUAUGAUGGCUUUACCCCUUCCGUUCCAUCAGGAGAGGUUCUGACCUUUGGUGAUGAAAACUUCCUUAAGUUUGAGGAAGCUGGGAUCAUGGAAGCAAGGAAUGCUGCAUUUGUUCUUGUUGCUGGUGGGCUUGGGGAACGUCUUGGGUACAAUGGGAUCAAGUUGGCUCUUCCUUCAGAAACUACAACUGGCACUUGCUUCUUACAGCACUAUAUAGAAUCAAUUCUAGCUCUACAAGAUGCUAGCUGUAGAUUGGCCCAAGGUCAAUGUCAAGCUCAGAUACCAUUAGUGAUCAUGACAUCUGAUGACACACAUGCAAGAACUUUGGAGCUUUUAGAAUCAAAUGCUUAUUUUGGAAUGAAACCUACACAAGUGAAACUUUUAAAGCAGGAAAAGGUUGCAUGCUUAGAUGAUAAUGAUGCUAGGCUUGCAGUAGACCCACGUGACAAAUAUAGAAUUCAGACGAAACCUCAUGGCCAUGGCGAUGUGCAUUCACUUCUUUAUUCCAGUGGCUUGCUAAAUGUAUGGAAAGAUGCAGGUCUAAAAUGGGUUCUAUUUUUCCAAGACACUAAUGGACUUCUCUUCAAGGCAAUUCCAGCAUCAUUGGGUGUUAGUUCCAUUAAACAGUAUCAUGUUAAUUCUCUUGCUGUUCCUCGCAAAGCAAAAGAAGCUAUUGGAGGAAUCACCAGGCUUACUCAUGCUGAUGGGAGGACAAUGGUGAUUAAUGUUGAAUACAAUCAGCUUGAUCCUCUGCUUAGAGCAACCGGAUAUCCUGAAGGAGAUGUGAAUUGUGAAACGGGCUAUUCUCCUUUUCCUGGAAAUAUAAACCAGCUGAUUUUGGAACUUGGCCCUUACAUUGAAGAGCUCACAAAAACAGGAGGUGCAAUUGAGGAGUUUGUUAAUCCCAAAUACAAAGAUUCUAGCAAAACUUCAUUUAAGUCAUCCACUAGAUUGGAAUGUAUGAUGCAAGACUAUCCAAAAACAUUGCCCCCAUCUGCAAGGGUUGGAUUUACGGUGAUGGAUACAUGGCUUGCUUAUGCACCUGUGAAGAACAACCCUGAAGAUGCUGCUAAGGUACCAAAGGGAAAUCCAUACCACAGUGCAACUUCUGGAGAAAUGGCUAUCUAUCGGGCAAACAAUCUCAUUCUCAGAAAGGCUGGUGUCAAGAUAGAUGAUCCUGUAAUUGAGGUAUUCAAUGGUCAAGAGGUUGAAGUGUGGCCUCGAAUUGUAUGGAAACCAAAAUGGGCACUGACCUUUGCAGAGGUGAGAAGCAAAGUGGGUGGGAACUGCUCCAUCACUCAGAGGUCUACCAUGGUGAUAAAGGGCCGCAACAUUUUCCUUGAGGAUCUCACUUUGGAUGGAACACUCAUUGUCAACUCAGUUGAAGAUGCAGAGGUAAAAGUAGGAGGUUCUGUGCAAAACAAGGGUUGGGUCCUGGAAAAAGUUGAUUACAAAGACACCUCAAUUUCUGAAGAAGUAAGGAUUAGAGGUUUCAGAAUCGACAAGGUUGAGCAAUCGGAGAUGAAUUAAACUGGGUCUGGGAUCUUCUGCUCCAAGUCUUGUAUUCAAACUUUAUUCUGUGAGGGAUUGCUUCUGUACAAUGGGUCAAAUUGACUCUUAAUAAAGAGUUAGUUUUGUUACAGGGACAUAUAUUCUUUUUUUUGUUGCUUCAAAUGAAAUAUCCAAUGAAUUUUAGCUGCAAAAGGGUAGCUGAAUGUAAUAAAUUGUUGCUCUGCAUUUUUAAAUCAACUCCUGCAGAAAAGACUUCAUAAGACUUCCUCCUGAUUUUCCAUAUUUCAUAUAAGCAA